GGUGUUUCUGCCGUUCGUCCACCGAGAGGGAAACCGUCCGUUCUGCCAGGAAAGAAUGUUAAUUUCUUUAUGGGAGUUCUUCUAUGGGCACUUUUUUCGAUUUUGGAUGAAAUGGCUCUUACGACAGAUGACUGGAAAGUGUGAAUUACAGCGCAUUUUUGAUACCUGUGUGGGUGCACAGAGGACACACAGGAUAGAAAAUUCCUUGACAUACUCCAAGAAUAAGAUUUUACAGAAAGCAACUCGGGUUGCUGAGAGUGAAGUGGACAGAUGUGUUAAGGAUAUAAUGAAGGUGAAGAAUAUUAACCCUGAGAAGGACACAAGCUUUAAAAUCUGCAUGAGAGCAUGCUUACUGCAGAUAACAGGGUAUAAACAGCUCUAUUUGGAUGUAGAAAAUGUGAGGAAAAGGCCGUAUGAUUCUGAUAAUGCACACCAUGAGAAGCUACUCCUCAAGCUCUGGAAUCUUCUGAUGCCCACGAGUAAGUUGAAGUCAAGAAUCUCCAAGCAGUGGGCUGACAUUGGUUUCCAGGGUGACGAUCCCAAAACUGACUUCAGAGGCAUGGGCAUCCUGGGCUUGAUCAACCUGGUGUAUUUCAGUGAGAAGUACACCAAGGAGGCUCAUCAGAUUCUUUCCCGCGCAAACCAUCCAAAAUUAGGGUAUUCUUAUGCAAUAGUUGGAAUCAAUCUUACAGAGAUGGCUUAUAGCUUACUGAAGAGCGAAGCAUUGAAGUUUCAUCUCUACAACUUUGUUCCUGGUAUGCCAACAAUGGAACACUUCCAUCAGUUUUACUGUUAUCUUGUCUAUGAAUUUGACAAGUUUUGGUUUGAAGAAGAACCAGAAAGCAUUAUGUAUUUCAACCUAUAUAGAGAGAAGUUUCACGAAAAGAUUAAAAGACUGUUAAUGGAUUGCAAUGUAGUACUUACUUUAAAAAUAUAAACCAUCCAUAGAAGCUUCUAUUUCUACCACAUUUUUGCACACACAACAGAAUUUAUACGUUGUAAUAGAAAUUAUCUGAUCAAUUACACUCUUAUAUAUAAUUUCCUACAAAAAUUCUUCAGAAAUUCUAUUUAAGAAAGCUAGUGGACAAUCAGUGUAUGUUUACAGUUUAUGUUGAUACACUGCUCUCCAAAGGUACCUUAUCCUUCCAAAGACCCCUCUGUAGGGUCUUACCACUACAGUCGGGAACUUAGGACUUAGCCCAUUCAUGUCAAAGUAUAAAUCAGGUAUUUGUCACUUGGUUGAUGAAAUUGUGUACAAAUCUGUUUUCAUCUUUUUGAUGUGCGAUAGCUAUCAAGUUGAGAUGUUUUUCAGUGCUCUUCAAGGAUUUUAGGUUUGGGUCCAGAAAUACAUGUUUUUUCAUUGGCUUUGCAUUCUUUGUGCUUCUGGGCCGAUUAGCACCAGGUCCUCCUCUGUGGCAUCCUUUGUUUCCAUCCCAGCCCCUCAUCACUGGUAGCAACCAGAGUCUGGAGAUGGCCAGGAGCGGGGAGGGGAGACCGUGGGAAUAACGGCCUCUCUUUUGGUUUCUCUGAUUACUUAGGAGAAAUGAGUGAAUGACAGGAUUGGUGACCAUCUUAUUUGUAUUAGAAUAACAUGCUUUAAAGUAUAACAGUGUUUCCCUAAGACUUUGUUAAUAAGUUCUGUGUUUGCAUUUUUUCAGUUAAGAACCUUAGUGCUUUGCUGUGAGAACCUAUCUGUGUGUUUAUGAAAAGCAAAUGAUAUUGCCAAGAAAAAUCUCAUUUUUUUUUCAAAAGAAAGUUUGUUUUGAGAAGCAAAAGGAAAGCUUCGAUAAGCCUUGGUUAAGCAUCCUAGGUGUAUUGACUGCCAGUAACUUGGCUUUUGACUUCCUGGUGUUUCUGGAAAUGACUUUGGACCUGAACUGAAUGGGGUUGUUAACAGCUUGAGGAUGCUGACUGUGCGUUUUGUAGAGCGUUGUUCUCCUCAGGGCUCAGGAGGUAGCAUGUGCUGUGAUGAGAGCCUCAUAGGAUGAGUUCUUGGUGUGCUGUGGACAUUUCUCCUCAUCGCCAGUCGGCCUCGAAGAACUUAAAGAUAAGAAAGCUCAUCCAGUGGCUGAGGUCUCCUUACAGAAACCUGGUUUACAUGGUAACUUAAACAAUGUUUGCACAUUGUUUCAUGGGAUGUUUGUCCAUCAGGCGUGACAGGCAGGAUUCAUACUUUGUUUCUGUUGCUCAUAGCUGUUGAAGAGCUUCAGUCUCCAGACUUGUCAGAGACAAGAGAGAGCAAACGUCCAGUGGGAAACCCACAGAUGCAGUGUUACAUAGCACAUACCUUGAAGUGCAUGGAUUAAAAUUUUUUCCUCUGUAAGAUGAAAGUAUUUUUAAAACUUGGUUCAUUUUAUUAUAAUGGUAGUGAUUUAGCUUUCCACUGUUACAGGAAUGUAAUACUUGAUGUCCCGUGGGGAACUUCUCAACCUUGGUAACAUAUUUACUAACAAAAAAUAUUCUGGUGCUUUCUCUCUCAUCUAGCUAGAGUUUCAGGAUGUGUAGCAAAAUCCAAGCCAGAUCAGGCAUUAACUAUGGAAGUUCAUUGUAUAAGGUGUUAGUAGUCCAUGGAAAGCAAUGUUGUUUGUCUUUAAUUUAGUGCUAAAAAUACUUAUGUUUAGUUUUUGAUCUUUGAAUAGCUGAGAUCUUGAAGUAAUUUAAAUCUUUAUUAGUCUGCAUAAUAAAAGUGCUUGAAGUACAGAAGGGUUCUGCUCAAAUAAGUUUUUCCCCUUUCAGAGAUGGGAGGGGAAAAAACCAAUUCUAAUGAUGAUCAGAAAAUAUCAUAAGGUUUUCUCAGUAAUAUGCUUCAUUAAAUCCACCUAUUUGUACAUUACAGACAUUGUUUGGUUUUGCUCAGAGUAAUCAUUAACCAUUUAUAGAGAAUUUGAUCUGAAAUCCACCAACAGAUUUAGAAAUUCGGACAUCCACAAGGCAAGCCGUCACUAGCUGUGCACAGAGUGUGACAGAAUUCUGACUCAGGUGAUGCUGAUAGGCAGAAAAGGAAUAAUGGUGUCACUAUUGUUCAUGCCAUCCUUAUUCUACCUUGUAUGUCAGAUUCUUACGUCAUUGUGAAAUCCAUAUUUAGGAUCUUUCUGUCAUUAGUAAAAUGUCAGGGUAGUAAGAGUAUGAUGGGAUUAAAGUCGCAGGAUAAUGACAUUUGCAUUAGCAUCCAGGAAGUAGAGUCAGUAUGGAAGGAGACACCAUAUGUGCAGCUUGCAGAAAUGGCACCAGACAGGAAAGCUCUAAAAGCCCGACCAUGUUUCCUAAGACAAUCAUUAAAGAUUUGGGAGAAAUCGGGUUGUAUCUGUGACCCCCUUGUGAAUAAAUGUGGAACUAUAGCUACACAUUAAAUCUGUGUCUUCAACUGGCACUAUUUAUACUUCCAAAAUCAGAAGCUUUCUUAAAAAUACCCAUCCUGAUCUUUUUCUACUUUUAAGAGCUACUUGGAUUUAUAUGUAUUUUUCUAUGUGAAAAUGGAGGAACUCCUUAUUGUUAUUCCAGUGCUCACAAAAUUGUUCAUCUACUGUCUGACUUCUCUGAGAACAUUCAGUGGGAUAGAAUUGGUCAGAGACUCGCUCAGAGGCUGAGCCUCAUCUGAGUGGUGGAGGGUGGCUUAUUUCUAGAACAGGAAAGAUGGCGGUGCCGGGCACAGGAGAGGAAGGCUGGCUGGGAUGACGACAGUGUUAUUAUCCUUGGAACAGUAGAAGCCAGCAGGUAACUUCUCACAGUAAAUACUCACCUUACUUCUCUGUGAACAAGACCAGGGAAACUUUAAUUUCCUUUUUUUUUUUAAAUCUGAACCUCUCCACACAACAAUUUUUAGAUGAAAGUUAAUGGAAUUGUUAGUAUACCGAGGGAAACCAUGAGUUUUUUUUUUUUUUUUUUCUGUCUUCGGCUUCUGAUGAGAAAAGUUAAAAAUGUAUAGGUAAGACCCAGCUGCCGCAUUCCUGCUAGAGGGCAGUGCUGUGUUUUUCUUACAAGUAUUUCAAUAUUUAAGCAGUAGUGUUCCCUGGAGGAAAAUUUCUUGCCCAGUUGGCAACUUAAAUUAACUUUUUGUCUACUUUGGAUAAAUCAGUUGAGAUUUAAGUAAACGUCGUAGUGUGAAGUGUGAUGUCAUUUUGUUUGUGAUGUUAAGUGAGCAAAUAAAAAGGUUAAACUUGUAA